AUGAAAACCAACCGCCAAUCGCAGAGCGCCGAAACUGAGGGGGCCGCCUCCAGAUCUUCCUUCUCAGUGACUAAGCCUUUACGAGACGACGAAGGAAAUGAUGACGUCCACAGCGUUGAUGAGGCUGCGAUGAACCGACGAGUGAACAGAAAAUUGGACCUAGCUCUUCUGCCACUGCUGUCUCUUUUGUACCUAUUCAAUGGUCUGGAUAGGGGCAAUGUGGGAAAUGCUCAAACUCAAGGAUUUACUAACGACAUUGGUGCCGCGCCGGACGAUCUGAAUCUCGCUGUGUCUCUAUUUUUCAUCACUUUUGUUCUGUUUCAGCCUCCCUCCGCGGCUGUUGGCCGAUGGCUCGGGGCCAAACACUGGAUCCCGAUCAUGAUGCUCGGUUGGGGCUUUGUGACUAUAUGCCAGGCCUUCAUCAAGGGCCGAGGUUCUCUCAUCGCCACCCGCCUCUUAAUUGGCGCUUUCGAGGCUGGCUUCUACCCAACUGCAGUCGCUUAUCUUUCGUUCUUCUACUGCCGAUAUGAUCUAGCCGUAAGGGUUGGCCUGUUCUACGGACAAUAUGCGGUUGCAGGCGCUUUUUCAGGGGCAAUUGCCUUUGGUGUAUUUCAUCUGAAAGAUGGACCUCUCAAGAAUUGGCAGUACCUAUUCGUCAUCGAGGGAACCCUGACGAUUUUUUUCGGCCUCAUCGCCUGGGUCUUUCUUCCGGCAGGUCCUGGCACAGCAUGGUUUUUGACACUAGAAGAACGACGCUUUGCUGCGGAUAGGAUCAAAGCGGACAGUGUUUUGUUUACUGAGCAUGCCUACGAUGCUCAUGGUGUAGAGACAGAUCGCCUGACCAAGCGGGACUUUGUUGAAACUGCUAGAGACUGGAAGUUUUGGUAUGUUCUGCUGUUCAACAUUUGCGCCAGCGUCCCCGGUCAGGCGUUCUCAGUCUUUAUCCCGCUGGUCGUUCAGGGUUUAGGAUAUUCGUCGAUUCAGGCAAACUUGAUGUCCGUUCCUCCAUAUGUGUGCGGCGCGAUCGGAUUAUACUUCUUCACCCUUAGUUCUGAUUAUCACAAAGAACGAGGCUAUCAUAUCCUUGGGGGCAUCGUAAUUGCUCUCAUAGGUCUGAUUGCGACUGUCACGGUCGGAUCUAACGGCGGAAAAUACGCGGCGCUGUGCGUUCUCCUCCUCGGUAGCUACGUUGCUGCGCCGUUAACAGUUGCGUGGCUGAGCGGAAACACCCCAGAACCCGGCAAACGGUCUCUCAUCCUUGGUCUCAACGGUUUCGGGAAUCUAUCUGGCGUCAUCGGUGCCCAGCUAUAUCGCGAUCGGUACAAGCCUGACUACAAGAUCCCCUUCUACGUAACGUUGGGAUUUGUAGCACUUUCUUUACUUGGAUACCUUUCAUACAAAUUGACUCUCGCCGGGGUCAACAGGAGAAAGUUGGAAAUCAUGAGACAUAAAACUCAGGAUGAGAUCGAGAGAGAGCGGCUCGAUAGCACACGAUACGCUGAUAAGAAGUGGACGUUCAUCUAUGGUCUCUGA